CGCAAACAAAACGCGUCUUUCCUUGAAUUCACCAAAAUCCAGACGAGUUGGAAUUUGCAUCACCUUUCGAUUGAAUAGAAGUUAUUAAAGCAUUACAGUAAUCAAUGCCUAAAUCCUUCACAAAAAUCAAGGCCAUUUUGGAAAACGUUAGCGCGGGACAACUUGCUCUACCUUUACCAAAAAAUGUUGUCGAGGUGCGUGUCCAGUAUUCUCUAAAUAGUAAAAAUGGUCAUAUGGGGGCUAGAAAAUUUGUAAAGGAGUAUCUCCCAAGCUUGAAAUACCACAACGAGCAUAUCAAGUUUAACGUUGACCACAAGUUAUCAAAUGAGAAAGCUCCCUCUUUUUCCAUUCAUACGCCUGAAGGCCCAUUGUUUAGCUAUGGCAUGAAGUUAAAGCAUUCCAAAGCUAUUUCCGAUGAUAUAAAAGCAGAAUUACUAAAACUCAACCGGCCAAAGCCAGAAGAAGCCUCAUAAGGAAUAUAAGAUAACUCUUGAAUUUGUCGCUUAAGCCCAAGGCACUCUUUUUACGAAUUAUUUCUUGAGUUUAUGGUCCAAAUCUGGUCUUUCUUACUUUUUGUUCAACGAUUUCAUUCAUAAUCCCUUAUUCUAAUAGCAUUUCUCUUGUUUGUGAAUUAAAACAUUUUCCAUCGUGAAAGGUAAAACAGCG